AUGGACCACGCAAAACUCGCCAAGCUCCAGGCGCAAGCCGCCGCGAACCGCAUUGGCGGCAAGGGCUCGAUGCGCCGCAAGGUCGUCCACAAGCCCAAGGCGGCGGGCGGUGACGACAAGAAACUGAGCGCGGCGCUCAAGAAGCUCAACGUCCAGCCGAUCACCGGUGUCGAGGAGGUCAACAUGUUCCGUGAGGACGGCAACGUUUUGCACUUUGCCUCGCCGAAGCUGCACGCUGCCGUCAACGCGAACACAUACGCGAUCUACGGCGCCGGCCAGGUCAAGGAGCUCACCGAGCUCAUGCCGAGCAUCCUCAACCAGCUCGGCCCUGACUCGCUCGCGUCUCUCCGCAAGCUCGCCGAGUCCUACCAGUCGGUCCAGGGCCAGCAGGGCGGUGCCGAGGAAGACGAUGACGACGAUGAUGUUCCUGACUUGGUCGAGAACUUCGACGAGGUCGAGGGUGCGAAAGACGAGCCCGCGCCCGAGACCGAGAGCAAGCUCGAGGAGCUCAACUAG